UUGUGAAUUCUUAUGACUCGUAGGCGUAAUCAGAGGAGACACAGACAGAGGUGGUGGGUUCACCCUACGACGGUUGCCGCCGCCAAAUGAUUGGGGCUUGUUGGUCACGCGCCGGUUGUGCGCGGGGAAUUGAAGUUGCCGAAGGGGCUUUCUAAAAUAGUUGAGGCCUCUGCCGUCUACGCUCUCUGCGGCAUUAGCCCGCGAGUGUCACUCGCUAAAUCGGUGCAAUUAAAUUUCGAAACCCUCCCCAGUCCCCAGUUCGUCCUUUUCCUCCGAAAAGCACGCAGCUGCACUGACCUCCGCCCUACUUCUUCUGGGUUUGAUCUUUUGCCCACUUGAGGAAUGUAUUCUUCUCAGCUAUUGAAGGCUCUGCUCUGUGUAAUAAAUAACUGAAGAAGAAGAAGAAGAAGAAGAAGGAAUUGCAGCAAGAGAAAGGGAUUUUUUUUAUUGAGGGUUAGGGUCAGAAUCGUGCGGUACGCAGCACGCUAUGCUCGUUCGUCGUGGUUAUUUCUCUGUUGGUGUUUAGAGCUUCAAUCUUCAUGCUUUUCCUGUGAUUCGAAGACGAAUAAAAGGAGGGAGGUGGGGUUUGGCUUUGUGGUUUGUUAUAUGGGGAUUUGCCAUUCAUUCUGCGAUAUAUUUCCUUAUUUUCUCUUUCGGAUUAUACCAUAAUAAAUAACCCCAACCCCCUCAUUCUUUUUGCUACAAUUAUUAUUAUUUUCCCUCGUCAAUCCUCAGCAACAAAAGCAUGCAUUUAUCGGAAGUACAACCUCCUGUCCUUCCUCCUUUUCCUUCUUCUUCUGCUCCUCCUCCUAACCCUCUGAAGCGAAACUUUGAUCGCAUGAAUUCUAAAGAAGAAGAAGCAGAGGCAGCAGCAAUGUCGGUCGAUGCCUCGGACUUCAACCCCAGAAGUUACCAAUGGAGGAUUUUUGAAGUCGCAGUCCGGCAAAACACAAUUGCCGUACUGGACACCGGCGCCGGCAAAACCAUGGUUGCAGUGAUGCUUAUUAGAGACAUCGGCCAGACUAUCAAGUCGGCCUCUGAUAAGAAAAUCAUAAUAUUCUUGGCUCCCACUGUUCAUCUAGUUAAUCAGCAAUAUGAACUCAUAAAGCUUCAUACAAGUCUUCAAGUAGGAGAAUACUUUGGAGCAAUGGGUGUUGAUGAAUGGAAUUUAACUUGCUGGGAAAAGGAAAUUAAUGAACAUGAUGUGAUGGUUAUGACACCCCAAAUUCUAUUAGAUGCCUUGAGGAAGGCAUUCUUGAGUCUGGAGAUGGUAUGCUUGAUGAUACUUGACGAGUGCCAUCGUACAACUGGUAAUCAUCCCUAUUCAAAAAUAAUGAAGGAAUUUUACCACAAAUCUAGAAACAAGCCCAAGGUUUUUGGAAUGACAGCAUCGCCCGUAAUUAGAAAAGGUGUCUCUUCUGUCGUGGACUGUGAAGACCAAAUCUCAGAACUUGAAAGCAUUUUGGAUUCCCAGGUUUAUACUGUUGAGGACCGAGCAGAACUGGAAACAUUUGUUCCCUCUGCGAAAGAUGUUAAUAAAUUUUAUGACCCAGCAUUGUUUUCCAAUUCAGAAUUGAAAAUGACGUUGGGCUCUUCCUGGUCAAAGUUUGAUGAUUUACUGUUUAAGAUGCAAGGGUCUGUUCCGGGUCAUUACAAAGACAUGGAUGAUAAACUUAAGAUGUUUCGGAAGCGAUUGUCCAAUGAAUAUGCCAAGAUUUUGCAUUGCCUUGAUGAUCUUGGUCUGAUAUGUGCAUAUGAGGCUGUUAAUGUCUGCAUAGAGAAUGCCUCUAAUGCCCGAGAGGACUGUGAGUUUUAUGGAAAAUGUUCUUUGCAAUAUAAAUAUUUCCUGGAGGAAAUGUUACAUAUAAUUGGGGAAUCCUUGCCACCUGGAAAUAAGGAUCUUCUGGAUAUUGAAUUUGACCAUGCAAAAGCUGUAAAUGUGGGCUAUAUAUCUCCAAAGUUGCAUGAACUGCUGCAAAUUUUUCAAUCAUUUGGAGUAGAUAGUCAAGUCUUGUGCCUCAUAUUUGUUGAAAGAAUUAUAACAGCAAAAGUAAUUGAGAGAUUCUUGAAGAAAAUCAAAUUUUUGUCACAUUUUACAGUCUCAUUUUUGACUGGAAGUAAUUCAUCUGUUGAUGCACUUGCUCCAAAAAUACAGAAAGAAACUUUAGAGUCAUUUCGCUCUGGAAAGGUGAACUUAUUAUUUGCAACUGAUGUUGUUGAGGAAGGAAUUCAUGUACCAAACUGCUCAUGUGUAAUACGUUUUGACUUGCCCAAGACGGUUCGUAGUUAUGUCCAAUCACGAGGACGGGCCCGGCAAAACGAUUCUCAAUUUGUUAUGAUGCUUGAGAGGGGCAACAUAAAACAUAGAAAUCAAUUAUUUGAUAUCAUUAGGAGUGAGCGUUCGAUGACAGAUACAGCAAUAAACAGAGAUCCCAAUGUUUGUAUAUUGAAAGCAUGUAACAUUAAAGAAUCAGAUGCAUAUAUUGUUGAUGCAACCGGAGCAUCUGUUACCUCAGAUUCCAGUGUAAAUCUUAUUCAUCAAUACUGUGCAAAGCUGCCUGGUGAUAAGUAUUUCACCCCGAAGCCGAAUUUUCAGGUUUCAUUGUUAGGAGGGUUAUAUGAGUGCCAAUUAACAUUACCUUCUAGUGCUGCUUUCCAAACAAUAGUCGGCCCUUUAUGCAAGAAUUCUCAUUUGGCAAAGCAGCUUGCUUGUUUGGAAGCAUGUAAGAAGCUGCAUCAAUUGGGGGCUCUUGAUGAUCGACUUCUUCCUGCAGUUGAAGAGCCUUCAGAAAAUGAUUUCAUUAUUAGAAGCAAAGAGUCAUCUAGUGGUGCAGGGACAACAAAAAGGAAGGAAUUACAUGGGACAACUUGCAUUCGUUCAUUGUAUGGAACUUGGGGAGACACUGGUGCCAAUUUUGAGGCUUAUAAAAUGGACUUUGCCUGCAAUGUUGUUGGCGAGAUAUAUUGUGGAUUUGUUCUUUUGCUCGAGUCUAAGCUAGAUGAUGACGUAGGAAAUAUUGAAGUUGAACUUUAUUUGCUCUCAAACAAAUUGGUUAAAUCAUCUAUUUCUUCAUGUGGAGAAAUACAUCUGGAUGCAGAACAGGUGAUGAAAGCAAAAUAUUUUCAACAAUUGUUCUUUAAUGGCAUAUUUGGGAAACUGUUUCUUCGAUCCAAAUCAUCUGAAACACGGAGAGAAUUUUUACUUAAUGCAGAAAAUGCAUCAUUAUGGAAACCAUCAAAUAUGUAUUUGCUUUUACCACUUGAGUCAUCAAAUAUUUCAAGGCAUGAAUCUUGGAGAAUAAAUUGGAAAGGAAUCAACUCUUGUGCUUCUGUUGUAGAAUUUUUGAAGAAAAAUUGUUGGCUGGGUCCUGAGCAUUCUGGUGGUGGUGGGGGAAAUUUGUUAUCAGGUAGGGUUGAUAUGGUUGAUGCAAAAUGUAAAAGCCCCAGCAUUAUACACCUUGCCAAUGAUUCUGUUCAAAUUGACAACCUUAAGGAUAAGGUGGUCCUGGCUAUUCAUACCGGAAGAAUUUAUUCCAUUCUAGAUGUAGUAGCUGAUUCAUCUGCUGAGAGCCCCUUUGAUGGAAAUACUGAUGCUGUCCCUUCAAAUUAUGUUACCUUUGGCGAGUACUUCGACAAAAAGUACAGGAUUGUGCUGAUGUAUCCAGGACAGCCAUUGUUGCUGUUAAAGCAAAGUCAUAACCCUCAUAACCUUCUUGUGAACUUCAAUGGUGAAGGUGUUUCCUCAGUUGGGAAAAAGUUGCAAGCUGGACAAAAUGUGGCCGCUGACAAGCCACAAAAUCAUGUUCACAUGCCACCUGAACUUUUAGCUGUCAUUGACGUAUCCAUAAAUGUUCUAAAAUCACUUUACUUAUUACCAUCGUUGAUGUACCGACUGGAGUCUCUGAUGUUGGCCAGCCAGCUUAGGAAAGAGAUUGCUCGUCAUUCCACCAGCUUUCAUAUACCAAGUGCAUUGAUUCUAGAAGCACUUACCACUCUUAGAUGUUGUGAAGACUUUUCAAUGGAGCGAUUGGAAUUGCUUGGGGAUUCAGUCUUGAAGUAUGCUGUGAGCUGCCACCUAUUUCUUAAAUAUCCUGAGAAACAUGAAGGACAGCUAUCUGCUCGGCGUUCAUGGGCUGUCUGCAACUCAACCCUUCAUAAAGUGGGAACUGAUUGCAAUUUGCAGGGGUAUAUACGAGACAGUGCAUUUGAUCCCCGUCGGUGGAUUGCACCAGGGCAGCGUUCUAUACGUCCUGUUCCUUGCUUGUGUGGAGUGGAUACCUUGGAAGUCCCUUUGGAGAGCAAGUUCCAAACUGAAGACACAAAAGUUGUGGUUGGGAAAUCUUGUGAUAGGGGUCAUAGAUGGAUGGGUUCAAAAACAGUAUCUGAUUGUGUUGAAGCCCUCAUAGGAGCAUAUUAUGUUGGAGGUGGAUUGGUUGCAGCACUUUCUUUGAUGAAGUGGUUUGGUAUUGUUGCUGAACUUGAGCCCUUGUUAGUAGAGGAAGCCAUAAGGACUGCAUCUCUCCGAACUUAUUUCUCAAAAGUUAAAGAGAUCCAAAUCCUGGAGUCAAAGCUUGGGUAUGAAUUCUCUGUUAAGAGUCUCUUAUUGGAGGCCAUAACACAUGCGUCUGAACAAGAAUUGGGAGUUGGCUACUGUUACCAGAGGCUUGAAUUUCUUGGUGACUCUGUGUUGGACCUGCUUAUUACACGGCAUCUUUAUCACAGUUAUGCAGAUAUUGAACCUGGAGAGUUGACUGAUCUGCGUUCAGCUUCUGUUAAUAAUGAAAAUUUUGCUCAAGUUGCUGUUAGACGAAACCUUCAACCACAUCUUCAACAUUGUUCUGGUUUUCUUCUGAGUCAGAUAACAGAAUAUGUGAAGUCAGUUUCUGAUUUUCAGGACACCAAGUCACUCCCACCUGUGAAAGGUCCUAAAGCUCUUGGUGACUUGAUAGAGAGCAUUGCCGGGGCAAUACUUAUUGAUACCAAGCUUAAUUUAGAUGAAGUGUGGAGAAUUUUUAAGCCGUUAUUGUCUCCAAUUGUGACCCCUGAUAAACUUGAGUUGCCUCCACUGCGUGAAUUGAAUGAAUUAUGCGACUCUCUUGGGUACUUUAUAAAAGAAAGUUGCUUAAGCAAGGAUCAAGUAGUGCAGGCUGAGCUCAAGGUACAGCUGAAGGAUGUUUUAUUGAUUGGACAGGGAUGUGGGCGAAAUCGAAAAGAUGCCAAAGGUCUUGCAGCUCUUUAUUUGUUGAAGGAACUGAAGAAUAGAGGAAUUUCACACUCCCAGUCUGCUUCCAAGAGGAGAAAACAGAAUCCGGACCAUGCUGUUGUUUCCUCUACCCACAAAUUUGGUAGUGUCUGCUGCCAAACAGAGGAUGAAGAUUCUUCAGAGCCAGUACAGCAUAAAAGGCAGAAGAAAUUUGAAACUCAGACUCCUACAAAGCCAUCCAGAGUUCCUCCCACCACCAAUGAUGGUUCUGCAACCCUAGUUAUUGCGUCAAUCAAAAUGCAGAAAGGAGGACCUCGAACAUCCCUUUAUGAUUUGUGUAAGAAGCAGCAGUGGCCAUUGCCUAGUUUUAAAUCAAUAGAGCACAAAUCAAGAUCUCCAAUUGAAUUUGUGGAAGGCAAUGAAACAAGAAAGGGGUUUAGUAGUUUUGUAUCUAGAAUAUCCCUGAUCAUACCCAAUUACGGCACCAUUGAGGGCACAGGAGAUCCUAGAGCUGACAAGAAGAGCUCUAUGGAUUCAGCAGCUCUUCACAUGCUGUACGAGCUUGAACGAUUGGGCAAACUCAUUAUUGGUAUCUCAUGACCUAAUCCUCUUUUUUACCCAAUAACCUCCACCCUCGAAAUUCCUUUUUUUUUUUUGGUCCCUUUUGCUGGACAGAGGGUGUAGCUGUAAAUCAGGCUAAAUGCUAUUAUUUCACCCCAAAUCCCAUGUACGAAUGUAUGCAUAUAUUGUCUUAAAAGAAAAGAACAUGUUACAUUCA